UAUCAACAUUUCUCCAUCAUUUUUGGAUAAUACAGCAUACUAGCAUAAUCAUCCCUGAGGUUAUAAAAGCAUACGAAUAUAGAAAAAACUUUGAUCUCAUAAUGGAAUGUUUGCCAAAUAUAUUCUAUAACAUAAUUAUGGCUAUAAAAUUUUAUAACGGCGUAGUGAACCAACAUAAAAUCAAAUUAGUACUGGAAAAAAUCAAACGGGACUGGAAUCAAUUGCAGAAUAAUGAGCAAAUUAAAAUUAUAAGAGGCUUCUAUGAUUCAGGAAAGGUAUUAAUUAUUUGUUAUAUUGGCAUAGUUUAUUUUGUUUUACUAUCGUUCAUGGGUACUCCACUCACGCCAGUAAUUUUGGAUUUAGUAAAACCGUUAAAUGAAUCAAGACCAAAAUCUGCUCUAUAUAUUGUCGAAUUUUUCGUUGAUCAGCAUAAAUAUUAUUAUUCCAUUUUAUUCCAUGGUUACGUAACGUCGCUAUUUGGCAUUCUGCCUCUUUUCGCAAACGAUAUUUUUUUAUGUAACUGUGUUCAUCAUGCUUCUGGAAUGCUUGCAAUCCUUGGAUAUCGGGUCAGAAGUAUUUUAAAAAUAAAGCCAAUAAAAGAAAAUUUAGAUGAUCAAACAUACAAGCAAGUUAUCGAUUGCACACUACAACAUCAAAGUAUCAUUGAAUUUUGCGACGAUGUAAAUAAAAUCUACAGUACAUCAUUUUUCUUUGUUCUAAUAGUAUCUGUAAUACUGAUGAGUAUAACAGGAUUUGUGACACUAAUAAAAUUAGAGGACAGUUUCAAGGACUGCUACAGAUUUGCGGUAUUUACUAUAGCACAGAUAUUUCAUAUGUUUUGCUAUAAUUUCCUGGGGCAGAAACUAUUGAAUGAAAGUGAAAUAUUUUUUAAUAACGUUUGUACUUCUGAUUGGCACUUGGGAUCUAAAAAAGUUAAGUACAUUGUUAAGUUUAUGAUAAUGAGAAGUUCGAAGUCAAACAAUUUACAAACUAAGCUUUUUUCACUGACAUUAGAAAACUUUACAUCUGUAAUGAAAGCUUCCAUGUCCUACUUCACCGUAUUUAAAUCAACUAGAUAAAGCCGAAAAAUUC